GAUGGGAUUGAAAAAUGGGGGACUACGAACAGGAUAGUUUGUUGUGGAUCUGAAGUGCAGGAUUUGCUAUUAUUUUAACAAAUUUACAGUACUGAAAGAAUACCGAUUUGAACUAGACGCUAAGUGGUAUCGAAUGUCGACUGGAUCACGGAGCCAAAUGGCAGGUAAAGUGACAGCGGUCCCUAACGAGGAUGGAGAGUUUGGGCCUUCAGGCAGUGGCCCUAAGUGAUGGCUCCACUGCAUACAUUCAGCAGGCCAUCAAUGACGGCAACCUUGUAGAGGGAGACACAAUCCAGCUGGAGGAUGGCACCACAGCAUACAUCCAGCAGGUCACUGUGCAACAGAAAGAUCCCCUUCCAUUUGAGGAUGGCCAAGCUGUUCAGCUGGAAGAUGGGACCACAGCCUACAUCCACCACACACCUAAAGAUGGCUAUGACCCCAGUGCGGUGGAGGCAGUUCAGCUGGAGGACGGCAGCACCGCAUACAUCCACCAUCCCAGCGGCCUUCAGGCAGGCAGCACCAUCCUCACUGUACAGGCAGGGGGCGCUCUGGAGGACCUCGCGGCUGAGGACCAGGUGGACGCCGACACCAUCGCCUGCUUGGAAUCCUACUCCAAGAUGGCGACAGAGAUGCCGACUAGUAAGAGGAUUGGCAGUACCAAUGGGCAUCAAGAGCAUACCACUGUGCAGGUGAUGUUUGAGGGGAAGACGUGGGGUUCUGCCAAGGUCCAGCAGACAGCUGAGAAGAGUUUUCGCUGUGAAUUUGAGGGCUGUGGGAGGCUGUACACCACAGCGCAUCACUUGAAGGUGCACGAGCGAACGCACACGGGCGACCGACCGUACCGCUGUGAAGUUCUGUCCUGCGGCAAGGCCUUCGCCACGGGCUACGGCCUCAAGAGCCACCUGCGCACGCACACGGGGGAGAAGCCGUACAAGUGUCCCGAGGACAUGUGCUACAAGGCCUUCAAGACGUCAGGGGACCUGCAGAAACACGUUCGCACGCACACAGGUGAGAAGCCGUUUAAGUGCCCGUUUGAGGGAUGCGGACGCUCCUUCACCACCUCCAACAUCCGAAAAGUGCACAUCCGCACCCACACGGGGGAGAGGCCCUACUUGUGCCCAGAGCCCAGCUGCGGACGGGGCUUCGCUAGCGCCACCAACUACAAGAACCACAUGAGAAUACACACAGGAGAGAAGCCAUACAUGUGCACAGUACCUGGCUGUGGCAAGCGCUUCACUGAAUACUCCAGCCUGUACAAGCAUCACGUGGUGCACACGCACUGCAAGCCCUACACCUGCAACCACUGUGGCAAGACCUACCGACAGACCUCCACCCUGGCCAUGCACAAGCGCACCACCCAUGGAGACUUUGAGGCCACGGAGGAGGAGGGCGAGGCGAUGGAUCAGCCUCUGAAGCUGCAGCAGGCGGAAGGGGUGGACCAGAAGGAAGGCGUGAUACAGAUGAGCACAGACAGCAUCAUCGGAUCUCAGGUCAGCCUGUCAGCUGAAGAGCUACAAGCUCUUGGCACCGCCAUCACCAUGGUAACGCAGGAUGGCACCACCAUCACUGUUCCCACGCACCAGGGUGACAUCACGAGCACGGCGCAGCACCAUGUCACCAUGGUUACCGGCGACGGCAAGGAACUGCAGCCCGUUGCCAUAGUAACAUCAGAGGCAAUUAUGAGCGGCGGGUCACAGGUGUCCCCUCAUUACCAGCAGGUGGCACUGCUGGCCACAGCAAACGGCACACAAAUUGCUGUACAGCUGGAGGAGCAGCAGACGCUGGAGGAGGCUAUCAGCAUGGCGACAGCUGCCAUCCAGCAGGGCGGUCUGUCUCAGGAGGUCGGCGCCGUCGAGAACGGCUGUUGAACCUCUCCCGACCCCCAGCACACACCACCACCACCACCACCACCACCAUCCCCGCUGCCUACCCAGCCCACCAUCCCCAAGUCACCCUCGCUGGUGACCCUUGAGCACUGAGGGCAACGUCUCCAGGACUAAGAGGGACACGACCUCAUUCAUAGAGACAGAGAGACAGAGAGAGAGAGAGAGCUGCGGAAGGGAGUGAGUCAAACAGAACGAACUGCGAGUGUUGACAUGGAUAGAACUUCUGGCCUCCUUAGAUCUGAUUAAUAACAGGUCUUGUCUUUUUUGGUUGUUGUUGUUGUUGUUGUUUCGUUUGUUUGUUUUUGUUUGUUUAUUUGGUUUUUCUUGUUUGGUUUUAUCCGGUAGGGCCUUACUCUCGAGUCCGGCUGGCUUUCAGGUCGGCUGCUGUCAACUGACUGUCAGCGCUAAAAGUGGAUUUGAGCCUGAGUGUGAUUUUAGCCAUCAAACAUUUGGAUGUGCAUAUGAUAAAUGAGUGUUUCUUCAGACUGUGUGUGUGUGUGUGUGUGUGUGUGUGUGUGUGUGCGCGUGUGUGUGUGUAUGUUUGUGUCUGUGUCUGUUUGCGUCUGUGUGUGACCAAGGAGCCUGGAGCCUCUUGGUGUUUUUGUUUUCUUUUGAAGGAUUAUUAGCUGGCCCGUGACUGUAGUUCAUGCACAUGGCUGUGUGAAAGAAUGCAAUAGCGUUUUGCUGCAAGUGGAAGGGCUGUCAUUUUGAGCCAGUAUGAAUUAUCUUUAAUAUAUCUUCUAUUUAGGCCAGUGAUGUUUACAUUUGCCAAUAAAUUAGCUUUACACUUUCA